AGAGUUUUGUUGAUUGCUGAGAACAAAAUCUAUAUGUUUUUACAUAACAAUCUUCAAACAUUCUCAUUACAACAAUUUCCUUGUGGUUUUUAUAGAAAGUUUUCUUGUAUUUUUUAAAAAUUGUAUUACUUUCUCAGAACGUUCCAAAUCCAAGCAACUAUCCUGCACCAUUCCCAGAAAAGUUGUGGGAAGGUUGUAAAAUAACCACAGGACAAUCAAGCACUUACCAAGCUCUAAAAACAUAUUGUUCUCAGAACGUAACUGAUAAUGGACUAGUGAUAAGAGUAUCAGGUUUAGAUACAGUGCAAUAUACAGAGAGCAUGAUCACUUUUCACAUAUCUGCAUCAGGCACUCUAUCCAACUCAGCAGUUCCUACUAUCCAACCACUAUCUAAUACAGCCAGUGCCUCCCAACCAGCCAACACAGCCACUUCAUCCAGUGCAACGACACCCUCCUGUACAACACGUCGAUGUCUGGCCAGCAUGCUGAUUGCGAAAGAAGCUCGGAGUCCGCCACAGUCUCCACGGUGCAUCUCAAUUAUCCGUGUGCCGUCAAUCGUGUACGAAACUCUGUCUGUCGAUACAAAAAACCUCCGCUUCGAGAGUCGUCUGGAAGUCCCGCUGUCUUGGGAAGACCCUGAUUUAUCAUGGGACACAUCAGUCUAUCAUCAUGAUGUGGUGGUCCUGCCUGUCAGUAAAAUCUGGACUCCUGAACUCCAUGUGACUAAUGGAGUGCAAACAACGAUGAAGCACGGCAACAAGGAUUUGCUGGUGCACAGCAACGGGACUAUAGAGCACAUGGUCAUCAUGAACACUGUGGUGGGCUGUGAGGUCAAUCUGUACAACUACCCCUUCGCUUCAGAUUUCUGUGCCAUCGCCCUUAAUGUGUGGGCAAUUAGUGGAUGUGGCAUGUUCCUGGACUUUGGGAAUGUGAGCAAAACUAGUGCAAACCGUGGGGACUGGCUAACCGAGGAGGUGGAACUCAAUGCUAAAGGAGGCAGAGAUGAUCGCAACUAUCUAUGGGUGUCGCUGAAAAUGCGGUCUGAAAACCCAUUUCUGUCCCUGGUCCUGCCCAGUAUACUGAUCAUUGUGGCAGAUGUGGUAAGCUUCUCCCUGCCGCUGGGAGGGGGCGAGCGUAUCUCAUUCAAGGUUACACUGGUUCUCAGCUUCAUCAUGUUCCUCAUCAUCCUCAACGACCUACUGCCUGGAGGAGGCCAGUGCAGCCCCAUCAUCCGAAAGCACUUCUGUUUCUGUUUGGUCAUCCUGGUGUUGAGCACGUUGCAGUCUAUGGUGCUCACACGCCUGGCUAAGUGUGGCACUCUCUGGCCCUGCAGCCUCUCCAAGUCCAAAGACUCACUGCUUAAAGACACAGACAAUGAAGAGGUAUCCAAAUCUGAUAUUGCUGUCAUCAAACUGAAAGCCUCUGAGGAAAAGAAGAAGAAUACAGACCUCCAGAAGGUGGUGAAAUUUCUCAACAAAAUGGCUGCACAAGAUCAGAAAAAAGCAAGACGCCAUCGCCUUGCCAACAAAGUGGACUUGAUCUGUUUCUGUAUCUAUCUCACCGUCCUCAUUGUUUACGCAGUCAUCAUUUUAUAUUUCUCCUUUGGUUCUUCAUGCGAGAUCAACCAUUUAGAAUUCUGUGAAUACUAAAUUGUUAAUUUGCUUUUAACAAAAAUAUUAAAAGAAAUGGUGGCCAUAUGAUAGAGAAAGCAUUCCUAUAUCGUUCCUAUUGUGGCGUCUGUGAGCGCACGGGCAGCACCAUUGAGGCCAUCUCCAUUUUGAAGUAGUCCAUUUUCUUCUUCUACUAUUUCAAUGAGUUGGUAAACAAACUGAAAGGGUGCAUCCUGCCACAUGUAGUGAACAGGUAUAAAGUUAAGGUUGAUGAUUUACUGCCACAUGUAGUGUACAGGUAUAAAGUUAAGGUUGAUGAUUUACUGCCACAUGUAGUGUACAGGUAUAAAGUUAAGGUUGAUGAUUUACUGCCACAUGUAGUGAACAGGUAUAAAGUUAAGGUUGAUGAUUUACUGCCACAUGUAGUGUACAGGUAUAAAGUUAAGGUUGAUGAUUUACUGCCACAUGUAGUGUACAGGUAUAAAGUUAAGGUUGAUGAUUUACUGCCACAUGUAGUGAACAGGUAUAAAGUUAAGGUUGAUGAUUUACUGGCACAUGUAGUGAACAGGUAUAAAGUUAAGGUUGAUGAUUUACUGCCACAUGUAGUGAACAGGUAUAAAGUUAAGGUUGAUGAUUUACUGCCACAUGUAGUGAACAGGUAUAAAGUUAAGGCUGAUGAUUUACUGCCACAUGUAGUGUACAGGUAUAAAGUUAAGGUUGAUGAUUUACUGCCACAUGUAGUGAACAGGUAUAAAGUUAAGGUUGAUGAUUUACUGCCACAUGUAGUGAACAGGUAUAAAGUUAAGGCUGAUGAUUUACUGCCACAUGUAGUGAACAGGUAUAAAGUUAAGGUUGAUGAUUUACUGCCACAUGCAGUUAUGGAAUGUUUGCUCACAAUAAUUAAUUGGCUGAUCCCUACUGAUGACCCGAAUGGAAUCAUGUGAUCCUUCCUUAGUCCUUCCUUCAAAAUGGUUCAAGUCCCAUGCUGCUGCCAAUGCUAAUACAGGCGUUUGGCCACAAGAGGUCUCUAUCACUCUCUAUGGUUUGGUCAUCACAAAUUUGGCAAGAACUAGCAAAAAGCUACCGUUUGAGCUUCUGUGUGGGAAAAAAAUGUAUUUGUGUAUUCUUCACUAGAGCUUUAAGUUUCAACAUGUUUAAAAAUAGAUAGUCAUAUGUGGAAUAAUGCAUUUAGCAAUUAGAACUCUAAUGAAUACAUGUAAUGGGGACUGUAGUGCUGUAAUCCCCCAGAAUAGAGGCCUAGAACUCUAAUGAAUACAUGUAAUGGGGACUGUAGCUGUAGUAUUAGUAGUGUGGAAACAAAUCAACAGUGUGUUAUUUCCUAUAGAGGCAGUGUGAAGGCCUUAUAUUAUCUCCUAACUAAGCAGGUUCUCAACCUCAGGCUGAGAUAUCAAAUAGUCUCUCGAUCAUCUCCUCCACCUGCGCUGGGCUGUAUUUGUGGUAUCUCUCAGGGUGUUUGGAGAAAUCAUGGUCACAUCUGUGUAAAGGACCAUAAUAAAUGAAUAUCACUGUACCAGCGUUCUGUAUGAAAUUCUUACUGCACAUCAAUAUUGAACA